AAUAUGCUUUGCUCUUCCCUGCAAAUAUCCUUUCCCUCUCCUUCUCUUCUGUUUCGAUCCCUUUAUUACUUCUGUCUUUUCCACUUCCCUCAUCGAAAACAAAAGACCUUCCCCUUCUCGCUGCUUCUUCUCUUUGCUUUGAUAAAUAAAGAUGGAGCUUGUUAAAGAACUGUUUGUGACUGGUGUUAUUGCUGUUCUGUUCUCCUUUCUCAUAGCCAAACUUGUUUCUAUGGCCAUGUCCAGUGGUGAUUCUAGCCACCACGACGAUUCUCAAACUCAAAAUGUUGAUCGAGAAGCUUUUUCUGCAGCAGAGAUUGUCGGUGAAGAAGAAGAAAAGGGGAUGAUGGAGGAGUUACGGUAUCGUGAAAGAUUGGAAGUUGAGGGGCUUAAGAGCGAAAUGAGAACAGAGUUUGUUGAACAAGUAACAGAAAAGGUCUAUGAGUUUGUUACAGGAAUUUCUUCUGUCGAGCACGCUAAAGAUUCAGCAACUCGUGACGAGAUACUACUUGAAAGUGAAACUGAGGUUCAAGAAUUGAUCGAGGCAAUUUUAAAAGAAGAGGAGGAAGAAGACAGGCUAAAAGAAGGUGACUUUUACGAUGAAGACGUCAAGCAAGCAAACCUGGUUAGUUCUAAUAGAGUAAACAGAGAAGAGGAACUGAUUGGCGUUGAAUUAAACGUUGUCGAGGAGAUUGGGGUUGCUGGGAGUGAUUCAAAAGAGAGGAUUGAAGAAAUUGAAGUUAACGAGGUCGAGGAUGAUGAUGAUUGGGAAGGGAUAGAAAGGAGUGAAUUGGAGAAAAUAUUUGGAGAAGCAGCGAAGUUUGUUGAGGAGUCAGGAAAUAAAGAUGAGAGAUUGGCAAGUGUAGGGAGUGAUUUGCAGAUGGAGUUGUAUGGACUUCAUAAGAUUGCUACUGAGGGGCCUUGCAGGGAGCAGCCUCCCAUGGCUCUCAAGGUUUCUGCUCGUGCUAAGUGGAAUGCUUGGCAAAGGCUGGGAAACAUGAGUCCAGAGGCGGCUAUGGAGCAGUAUAUUGCCCUUGUAUUGGAGAAAGCACCGGGGUGGAUGGAAGAAAAACCUAGUGGAGACAAUAAACCAGGAUCAUCUGAAGUGGAAAAUCUUGUUGCUGUGACUCCAGAUAUAAGUACAUUAUCAUCCCGUCAACCAAAUUUUACAGAUGAAAUGACAUGUAGGAGUCCAGAACCGAAGCCUGUUGCUGAAGAAGGUGAUCCGACAGGGGGCUCGAACCUGGAUAGCAGGCCAAAGAAUGACAAGCAUUGCCCUGCUGCUUGAGAUAACCAUGGAGCCCUUCUCCUUUGGCUUGACCACAAACAAGACCGAUUACUGUUGCCAAGUAUAAUCUGUUUCAAGUAUGUAAGGUUCUUGCCUGUUUAUACUACCAUUUAUAUGUCCCUAGAAGUGAACUAUGCAUUGUGUGAUACUAAUAACAUUUAUGCGUUGUGCAUUGAUGCAUUUGUAUAUACACCCUGCUGGUUGGAAUCAUUGAAUUAUAAUAUGAUGUUUAUGCACCA